AUGCAUUUUCGUGAAAUACAACGUUUACAUUGUGAAAAACAACAAUUACACAAUGAGUUCACCAACCAAAUCUCACGUUAUGAAGAUCGUCUCACGGAAUUACAUAGUGUCAUUGCUGAAUUACGACGUCGUUUAGAACAUUCAGAAGCAAAUAUUAUACAUGAAGUAGAAGAAUUCGAAGAGAAUGAUCACGAUGAGGAUGUUGAUGAGGAUGAGAACGAGGAUGAGGCGGAGCAGGAGCAACAGCACGACAAACAGGUUGAUAAUAAUAAUGAUGGAUUAAUAAUCAAAAGCAAAUCUGACGAAAAAUCGAUAAAAUCAAAAUUCCCACCAAUCAAUACAGCCAAUCAUAAUCAUGCUAAUACUAAUAACCAAUCAGCAGUGAAUUAUAAUGAAUUCGGUGAAAAUACGCAUGAUGACAAUAGUGAUACAUCAGUGGAUGUGAUGAUGGACGGUGAUGAUGAUGAUGAUGAUGAUGAUGACGACAAUGAUGGUGACGAUGUUAAUGCACCAGUGGAACAUAUUCAUCAUAAACCUAUUGAUAUUGUUCGACAAUAUCAUCAUCAGCCGAAAUCAAUGGCAUCGAAUUAUUUCAUGUUACAAACAACUAAUCUUAUUUAUGAUCAAUUAAAUCAUAGUCAUGGAUUAAGUUAUCCAGAAAAGAAUAUGGAAGAUAUGUCUAAAAAUGACAAUCAUGAUCUUUGUAUAAAAUAUGAAACAAUGUUAUCAAAUAUGCAAGCAAAAUUAACAUGUAUCAUGGAAGAACGUGAUUUGUUGAUGAAUCGAUUGAGCGAAUUAACUCUUGCCACUAGUAAUAAUAAUAAUAUUCAAUCACUUUCCAAUACAACAACAACAACGUCACAACCAUCAACUGUAACCAUAACAGAAGAUCUUUCAUCAUUGUCUUUGACAACACAGACGACAACAGUAGCUUCCUCGAUAUCACGUCCAAUUAUGGGUUUGAAUCAUCGAUCUGUUCAAAUGAAAUUUAAUGGGAAUAAUAAUUUGUCAUAUUCUAUGCCUAACACCACUCAUCAUCCACCGAUGUCUUCAACCACAACAACAGAAGUUUUAAUGUCGAAACAACAAACAAAUGCUGAACAGAAUGCUACCGACCAAUUACAUAAGAUUGCGACAAAUAAAAUCAUGUCCGUUUAA